GAUUACUUCACUUCGCAAGUUUAUAUAAACGAUGUAGGAGAAGUGUCCAACAUUCGUUAAUCCUUGACUGAUAUAAAACAUGCUGAGAGUAUUUACCUAAUCAACAAAUAGCAGCACUGCAAACCUGCAGGACAUCAUUUUAUACGAUCGGAUGGUGUUUCGACUAUGGUUACUUUAGAACACUCCAGUGGCUCCAAGGAUGAUACAGAGGCCAUCCUGCCUCAGGAACAAGAACCGGAGAAGAGAAGAAUUCAGUCCCCCUCCCAACUAUAUGGAGCCAUCACCGGGAACAGUACAGGCAACCUAGGAGAUACCUGCCCGACUUGUUGGGGAGUAGGGCGUAUUCCAAGAGGACAUGAUCAGCUAGUGGCAGUCAUCCCAUGUUCAGACAUUAGACUGAGGCCCAGCCAGACGAAACUCUAUGUGUGUAUUUCGGUGGUGGUGUGUCUCCUGAUCUGCUGUCUGAUCCUCUUCUUCCUCUUCCCACGGAGUAUCUCACUGUCCCUUGUCACCGUCAAAUCAGUGAUGGUCUUCUUCACCCCACAAACAGUUGAAAUGCAAAUCACGAAUGUCUUUAACGUCACCAAUGAGAACUUUGCGGACAUUCAAUUCUUGGAAUUUGAUAUACAAGUGCUGAUUGCUGAAAGAGUGGUUGGCAGGAUCAAGAUAUCUAAUAUGACGGCGGUCAAAUCACGUUCAGAGAAAGCGUAUACUGUUGUCAUACCCAUAACAAUUGAGGACCCAGGCCUGAAUAAUUACUGCAAGUCAAACACCAUAAGGAUUCACACCUUGUUCUUGCGUUUGCAAAUGACAAUGAAUAUUUCCUACUUGGCUCACUCGGAGCAGCUGUCAGAAGACACCUUUGAGUACAUUGACUGUGGAGCCAACACCACCAUCCCCCACCCUAUUGGGCAAAUUCUUUUUGAAAGAUGAAAGCCUGUCAAUGAGGGAUCCCCAAAGUGAAAAGGUUUAUUAUGAACAAGAUAGACUCUAAGGAAUAGGGGCCUCUUCCAUUCUAUCUUAUGUCCAGAGGUCAUAAAAAAUAUAUUGAUACAUUUUUCGUUGUCAAAGGGAAAUGUAUACAUAUAGUAUUGUAGUAGACUAUAGUAUUGUCCUAUGCUCUGUUCACAUUAUUUACUUUGCCAUAUUCUUCUGAGGUAGUUUUUUGAAUGAUUUAUGAACUGUGAAAGUACAUGUUGGUGGUUUUAACAUAAUUGUAGGGAUUUAAAACAUACACUGAGUGUACAAACCAUUAGGAACCCCUUCCUAAUAUUGACUUGCACCCCCCUUUUCCCUCAGAACAGCCUCAAUUUGUCGGGGCAUAGACUCUACAAGGUGUCGGCCCAUGUUGACUC